AAAAAAAAAAUAAGCUUUAGUCUUUUUUUUUCUCUUUCUUUCUUUCUUUCACUCUUUUAUUUGAUUAUGAUCUCUUUAUCUAAUGAUGACUUUGUGUUAUUUGAUCAAAUCUCGAAUGAGGUGGUUACUAGUUAUGUUCUAGGUAAACUAAUUGAGAAAAUCGAAAGACAUCUUACCUAUGAUAUAGAUUUCGUAACAAGUGAAUAUGAAGCCAUUAUACAUUGCCCUUCCUCAAGACAUCAUAGAAACAUCACAGAUGCUAUAGUGGAAAAUUAUUUUUCUAAUAAAAAGAAAAAAGACACACAUUUUAAUGACAAGAGUAGAUCUAAUUUUGAUCAUUCUGGACUCCCCUCACCUCCCUUAUCCGCUUCACCCGAGAGAAAAUCCUAUAAGGCGAAUGUGGAUUACCCUCCAACCCCGCCUGAUGCUCCCAUGUCUUUACGGUCUUAUAUUGAAGCCGUUGUCAAGAAAUCUCGUAUAAGCACGGGCACACUCUUGGCAUCAUUAGCUUAUGCUCGUCGACUCAAGCUAAAACUGUCACGUACUUCCAAGGGUAAAAUAAUAAUAGAAAAAAGAUUGAAUUAUUCUGACACAAUCUAGGUAUGGAAUGUACACACCACCGUAUCUUUUUAGCGACAUUGAUCAUCAGUUGUAAAUAUAUUCAUGAUUCAGCUAUCAAGAACAAAUACUGGGUCUUUUAUGCACUUCAAUUGUUUUCUGCUUCUGAAAUCAACUUGAUGGAAAAACAGUUAUUACAACUCUUGGACUAUCAACUUCAAAUAUCCCCUGCUGAAUUUAAUCUGAUUGUCCAUGACAUCGUUAAACUUUAUACCAAGUACCACAAACAGCACUUCUUGGAACAACUUGACUGGUAUUCUUCUCAACAUGAUUAUUCCUAUGUUUCAGUAGAUCUUGACGAGAGUAGU